AUGAGUGGAUUCGCGACCACCUGUUUGUCGUGCCUGUCGGCCGUCGACCGAUGGUGUCAUAUCACCGCCUGUCUCGGGGCUGGCCGUUCCCGAGAUGGCAUCUACGAAACCACCUUGGCGGACAAUGAACGAGAAGCGGUCUCGGACCUCCUGGCAUAUUUAGAAAAUCGCGCCGAAACAGACUUCUUCAAUGGAGAACCGUUGCGAGCUUUAAGCACCUUGGUAUAUUCCGAUAAUAUCGAUCUACAAAGAAGUGCGAGUUUGACAUUCGCCGAAAUCACAGAACGAGAUGUCCGCGAAGUCGAUCGUGAUACCCUCGAACCUAUUCUAUUCCUAUUACAAAGCUCCGAUCUUGAGGUCCAGCGUGCUGCCAGUGCUGCCCUGGGUAACCUUGCUGUCAAUGGUGAAAACAAAGUCUUGAUUGUCGCCCUCGGAGGGCUGGCCCCUCUGAUCCGCCAGAUGAUGUCGCCAAAUGUGGAAGUUCAGUGUAAUGCUGUGGGAUGUAUCACCAAUCUAGCCACACACGAAGAGAACAAGGCCAAGAUCGCUCGAUCGGGAGCACUGGGUCCACUGAUCCGACUGGCCAAGUCUAAAGAUAUGCGCGUUCAACGUAAUGCAACCGGUGCGCUGCUCAAUAUGACACAUUCUGAUGACAACCGACAACAACUCGUUAACGCUGGCGCUAUUCCUGUUCUCGUUCACCUCCUAUCCUCCCCCGAUGUCGAUGUCCAAUACUACUGUACAACUGCACUGAGCAACAUAGCGGUCGAUUCGACCAAUCGCAAACGACUGGCCCAAACUGAGUCGCGUCUGGUCCAGUCAUUGGUUCAUCUCAUGGAUUCGUCUACACCAAAGGUCCAAUGUCAAGCUGCCCUCGCCCUCCGUAACCUGGCCUCGGAUGAGAAAUAUCAACUGGAGAUUGUAAGGGCCAAAGGACUUUCUCCACUUCUCCGACUUCUCCAAUCUUCCUACCUACCCUUGAUACUCUCCGCCGUUGCUUGUAUCCGCAACAUUUCCAUCCACCCUCUCAAUGAGUCCCCUAUCAUUGAAGCAGGCUUCCUCAAGCCCUUAGUCGACUUGCUUGGCACCACCGACAAUGAGGAAAUCCAAUGCCAUGCUAUUUCUACACUACGCAACCUUGCAGCUAGCUCCGAUCGCAACAAGGAACUAGUCUUGCAGGCUGGCGCUGUUCAGAAAUGCAAGGAUCUGGUCCUUCGAGUCCCACUCACCGUUCAGUCUGAAAUGACUGCCGCGAUUGCUGUGCUUGCUCUCAGUGAUGACCUAAAACCUCAUCUUCUGAAUCUCGGUGUAUUCGAUGUCUUGAUUCCAUUGACCAACUCUGAGAGUGUCGAGGUUCAAGGCAACAGUGCUGCUGCCCUGGGCAAUCUUUCUUCUAAAGUGGGCGACUAUUCCAUCUUUGUCCGCAACUGGACAGAACCAAAUGGAGGUAUCCAUGGCUAUCUGCAGCGAUUCCUUGCGAGUGGUGACCCGACCUUCCAGCACAUUGCCAUCUGGACUCUUCUACAGCUGGUAGAAUCUGGCGACAAGAGUCUCAUUGGGUACAUAUCGAAGUCAGACGAGAUUAUACAGAUGGUGAAGUCGAUCUCAGACAAGAACAUUGAAUCCGACGAAGAAGACGGUGAAGAUGGCGAGGGAGAAGUGAUUACUCUUGCUCGACGGUGCUUGGAAUUACUAGGAUCGGGUCCUAAGCAAACCCUAGUUGAAGCAUAG